GUGAGGAGGAUGCCGUAAGAAGAAAGUAAAGGAUAGUCAUACUAAAGCAAUACAUAUACAGCCCUAUCUCUCUACAAAUUGUGUGUGUGUCAGUGUGUGUUUGGAGUGGAAGGUGGGGGAAAGAAAGCUCAGACUGAGCAAGGGCCCAGCUAUAAAACUAAGAAAAACAAAACACAAGAGCACACACAAAAAGAUCCCAAAGAAAAAGCCCUUCCUUGAAGCUAAGAUAAAAAGAGCUUCCCCUCUAAUCCUCUUCACAUCCACAAGCCCAAUUUGCAGUACCAAAUUCAGAGAAAAAAGAAAGAUAAAGAGAAGCUGAACAAGCCAACAAGGGAUUCUCUAUAACUCUCCAUCAUCACAUCAUCCAUUUCACCAUUUUCUCAUAGAUAAUUAAUCAUGCAGCAGCAAAACAUGAGCGAUGCAUAUUUCCAAGCAGGAGGUGUUGGUGGGAGCAGCAUGAUGUAUCCAGAAGUCAUGCCAUGGACCCUCCCUCACGGAUUCAAUCCGGUCCACUUCAACCCGAACCCGAUCCGAGACCCCGACACGUUCCUCCCUCCCCAGCCACCAUCACAGUACGGGGCCAUGUUCAACAGAAGAUCAUUUGCUAGCUACGAUACCUCCUCCACCGAUCAUCUCAGGUUCAUAUCCGACACGGUCCUCGGACAAAUGGGUUCGGGGCCGUUCGGGCUCCAAGCCGAGCUGAGCAAGCUCACAGCUCAGGAGAUAAUGGAUGCAAAGGCUCUUGCAGCUUCCAAGAGCCACAGUGAAGCUGAAAGGAGACGUAGAGAAAGAAUUAAUAACCACCUUGCUAAGUUGCGCAGCUUGCUACCAAGCACUACCAAAACGGACAAGGCUUCGUUGCUCGCUGAAGUGAUCCAACAUUUGAAGGAGUUAAAGAGACAAACAUCGAUAAUAGCUGAAUCGAGCGCAAUCCCAACUGAGAGUGAUGAAUUAACAGUGGACAAUGAGGAGGAUGAGGAUGGCAGAUUUGUAAUUAAAGCUUCUUUAUGCUGCGAAGAUAGAACUGAUCUUUUGCCUGAUCUUAUAAAGACUCUAAAAGCCAUGAGAUUAAAAACACUCAAAGCUGAAAUAACAACAUUGGGAGGGAGGGUGAAGAAUGUUCUUUUCAUCACAGGAGAUGAUCAAGAAUUGAACCGAGACGACGAUGAGCAGCAGCAGCCACAUGAGUACUUCGUAAGCUCUAUACAAGAAGCUUUCAGAGCUGUGAUGGAGAAAUCAAAUGGUGAUGAGUCUUCACCUGGGAGUGUGAAGAGACAAAGAACCAAUAUUAACAUAAUAUAAUUAAUUACUAUAAUUCCAUAGUUUAUGUUUAGUUUUUUUGGGGGAUUUUUUUUUUUUUUAACAUAAUUGUUGUUACAAAUAUUACUAGUAGCAGCAAAUGGGGUGUUGGUAUUUUAUGUAGUUUUCAUAAGUGGAUUUUGGUUGGUAAGCUGAAGUGAUUAAGUGGCAUUAAAAUGUGGCUA